AUGGGCAACGGGCAAGCCCAGGGUGACGAUAUCAGCAUCGGAGUCGACCGAGUUGAAUUCAUCUCCACUGCCGAGACGGUAAUUACGGAAGAUCUGGAGAAAGGAAUCAAAUUUGCCCAGGAAACGAUUCAUCUUCCAGCAAGAGAUCAGCCACAACAAGAUGCGAGCGCCCAAGUCGAUCCUCUCAGCAACCUCGGCAAUACUUAUAGCAAAUAUCAGCUGUCAGGAGACGGGGGUGAUCUCGAUGCUGUGGCUAGUGAGCUGGAGAACCUUGCUGUUUGUUAG